AGGAACUGUCGCGCGGACCGUCGGCUCGCGCUCGCGCCGCACGCCGAGCUUUGAUUCAGUCCGAUCGGAGCCGUAACGAGGACUUGUUCUUCUUCGCAAAGAUCUGGCAACUUUUUCAGGUUUAUUUUCCUUAUCGUUUCACGUUUUUUUUUUUUUUUCUUUCUUUCUUUCCUCAUCACUCAAAUUUUUUGAUCUCGGACACAAAGUUGCCCUUUUGCCCCGGGGGUUCUCAGCCGGUCCGACAUGAGCAGCCCCGAUGCCGGGUACGCGAGCGACGACCAGAGCCAGUCCCAGUCCCAGGCACGGUGCGCGCCCCCGAUCAUGAUGCCCGGAGUCGGACCCUGCCGCUGGACGGACCCGCUGAGCCCGCCGGGCGAGCCCAAGGUGAAGAGCGAGCCGUGCCCGUGCCCGUCGGGCUCCGCGGGCCAGAGCCGUGCCAGGAGCGAGCCGCGCAUCCGGCGGCCCAUGAACGCGUUCAUGGUGUGGGCGAAGGACGAGCGCAAGCGGCUCGCGCAGCAGAACCCGGACCUGCACAACGCGGAGCUCAGCAAGAUGCUCGGAAAGUCCUGGAAGGCGCUGCCGGUUGCCGAGAAGCGUCCGUUCGUGGAGGAGGCCGAGCGGCUCCGGGUGCAGCACAUGCAGGACCACCCCAACUACAAGUACCGCCCUCGGCGGAGGAAGCAGGUGAAGAGGAUCAAGCGGCUGGACUCGGGUUUCCUGGUGCACGGGGUGCCGGAGCACGCGGGCGCGACCAUCGGCGGCGAUGGGAGGCUCUGCACGGACGGCCUGGCUGCAGCCGGCUACCACCAGCACGACUACCAGGUACCGGGCCAGAUCCCUCCGCUAGGGCACUACCGUGAUGCGCCGGGGAUGGCGGCGCACUUCGAACCCUACAGCCUGCCCACCCCUGACGCGUCCCCACUGGACGCCAUGGAAGGCGACCCGGCCUUCUUCCCACCACACGCCCAGGAGGACUGCCACUCCGCGCCCGCCGGCUACUCCUACCACGCUCCGCCCGCCGACUACGCCCCCCAGGAUCCCCACAGCAACGCCAUGCUGCACAGACACCUGGCCCCGGUGGAGCAGCCCGGGCCCGUGGGCCACGGUGGCCCCCUGCCCGGCUUCAUGAGCUGCCCCAACCCCCUGGCGCUAUACUACAGCCAGCACUGCGGCCCCGUCCACCCGAAACGGCCGCAGGGCCACCCGGUCGGACAUCUGUCCCCCUCGGGCGACGGGCAUUCCUCGGAGGGGGUGGAGCCGAUGGGGCAGCCCGACUUGCUGUCUGACGUGGACCGCAACGAGUUUGAGCAGUACCUGAACUCCUCCGUGAGGCCCGAGCUGGGCGGCCUGCCUUUCGGGGGCCACGAGGCCAACAUGGGGCCCCCCGAGGGCCUCAUCUCCUCGGUGCUGUCGGACGCCAGCACGGCCGUCUACUACUGCAACUACAACAACGCCUGAAACCGCGG